UGCACCUGAGCGAGCUUCAAUUUUGUAGCAUAUUCCAGCCAUGGCCAAGAUCAAAAGGCUCUGCACCCUUCUGCUCAGGCUCCUGGCUCUUGCAGCCACCCUUUCAGCUGCAAUUGUCAUGGCAACAAGCCAUCAAACUAGUUCCGUCUUUGGUGUAUCUGUGGAGGCAAAGUACAGCCACUCCCCGGCCUUCAAGUACUUUGUGAUUGCAAACGCUAUUGUGAGUGUUUAUGGGCUUUUGGUUCUUUUUCUUCCUCCGAAGAGUUUGCUCUGGCGAUUGGUCGUUGCCCUGGAUGUGGUUUUUACCAUGCUGCUCAGUUCAAGCAUUUCUGCAGCCUUGGCAAUAGCUCAAGUGGGCAAGAAAGGAAAUUCUUCUGCUGGUUGGCUGCCCAUCUGCGGCCAAGUUCAAAACUACUGUGACCAAGUAAAAGGAGCCCUUGUUGCUGGCUUCAUUGGAGUCAUUAUAUACAUGCUUCUUCUACUCUAUUCCAUCCACACUGUCCUAGAUCCUCUUCUUCUGCAAAAGACUUAGAUAAUAUCAGCUCUCAGUUUGGUUUUUUUUUUUUUUUUUGGCUUUCUCCUCCAUACUUUACUGGUGUGGUAGCUAGAGAGCAAGUUUGGUGACAAAUAUUAUGUUAUGAUUGUAUGGCACACAUUAGAUCUGAGUAUGUCAACUAUGGCUCUAUAAAUCUGCAAUUCGAACUAUAGGAAGCUAUAUAUGUGAGAUAUGACA